UAUGACAAUUUAAAAACAUGGCUACCAUGUGAAAAAUGGAUUGGUUGAUUUGUACUGUUUGCACACUGUAAACAACUUUCUAUUUAGUUUAUCACGCUAGUUUUGUGUUUUGCGUUGUCGUCUAGACGAGUCUACGACUCGUAGAAACAUUUCUAAUAGACUGGAUUUGAAUCGAGGGACCCAAACUCCAAGUAAUUCUCAGGAGUGAAAGCCGCGCGAAUUCGCACAGAUUCCACUUCCCAUAAGCGAUUAAUUAUUCCGUUCUCUUUUAUUAUCUGGAAAAAUUUGCUACAAAACCAAGAUGCAAUUAAAAGAAUUUUAAGGACUGUGAGGAUUUGUAAGUUUUAUCGUUUGCAAGAAUAUAGAUCUUUGAUAAACAUCCACAUGGAUUUUUUAAACUUUAAUACUAUUGUACAUCCAAGAACCAUCAUCCACUUGGAUGUUGACUGUUACUAUGCUCAGGUAGAAAUGCUUAGACAUCCGGAAUAUGAAGGAAAACCAUUAGGUGUUCAGCAAAAAAGUAUAGUGGUCACUAGUAAUUAUCUGGCAAGAGAAUAUGGAAUAAAAAAAUGUAUGUCAGUUCAAGAAGCUUUACGUCUCUGUCCAGAACUGGUCCUGGUAAAUGGUGAAGAUUUAACAUCUUAUCGUCUUUAUUCAACUAAGGUAUUUGAAAUUCUGCAACAGUUUACGCCAUUAGUGGAAAGAUUGGGCUUUGACGACUAUUUUCUUGAAAUAAAAUCAGUGGAAAAACAGCUCAAGUCUCAGAAUGAUUCAGAAUUUGAUAUGAACAAUUUGCAUACAGAUGAGGAGCUAAAAGAAUCAGAUAGUAAGAUAUUUGGACCUUCGGAUGAGGAAUGUCCAUGCGAUUGUCAUACACGCUUAAUGAUUGGCGCUAAGAUAGCAGCUGGAAUAAGGAAUCGUAUUUAUGAAGAACUGCAUCUUACUUGCAGCGCUGGAAUAGCGCAUAAUAAGCUUUUAGCCAAAUUGGCAGGAUCGCUAAAUAAACCAAAUCAGCAGACAUUGGUAUUUCCAUGUAGCGGUCCAAUGUUGCUCUCUGCAAUUGGCUCUAUAUCCAAGAUACCUGGUGUUGGACAAAAAACUAUGGAAUUAUUGUUAUCAAAUAAUAUAAAAACAGUGGACGAUGUACGCAAAAUACCUUUGGAAAAUCUGGAACUAAAAAUUGGCGUUGAUUUAGCAAGAAGAUUGAAAGAUAAUGCAGAAGGGAUUGAUGAGACAGUGGUAAAACCAUCUGGAAAGAAACAAUCUAUAGGGCUGGAGGAUGGAUUUAAAAGUGUAUCGCUAGUGGCUGAGGUAGAGUCACGAUUAGGCGCACUAUUGAGGAGAUUAACAGAAUUGGCGAUGGAAGAUGGUAGAAUUCCCAUUGCUAUGAGAAUAACAGUGCGGAAGCACGAUAUGAACAAACCUACUUCUGGUAAGAGAGAGACCAGACAAUGCGCGCUGCCGAAACAUCUUUUACCGUCCACAAAAACCGGCAUGUACGAUCAUAAUAAAAUGUUGAUACUCGCCAUGAAAUUAUUCCAUCGAAUAGUUGACGUUUCCAAGCCAUUCCACUUAACGUUGCUGGGAGUUGCAUUUACUAAGUUUGAGGAGAGAUCAUAUGGCAGGAGUAGCAUUACAUCCUUUUUACGCAAACAGGUCGCCGUCCAUUCCGUUUUAGAUAUCAGUUCUGAAGAAGGCAUCGCAGAAGUGAAUUUGGGAUCACCAAUGAGUAUUAAUCAAGAUAGUAAUGAUAGUUCUGAUCAAUCAGCGACAAACUUGAUGAACACUUCUGCAUCAAGUCUCUCAUGCUCACCAAUUUCAAAAUUGUCAAAUGUAGCAAGCAGUCAGAAUAUAGAGGAUGACCUGCAAAAUGAGGUAGAACCAUUACCGAAGAAAACCAAACUAGAAGUGUGGUUGAGCGGUCGUCGAGAAUCGCCGAGUAACGAAAUGGCUGGUCUUAGACUAAGCCCGUCAUCGCCCAUGCAAGUAUCACCUUCUGUGGAUACUGCAGUUUUUAAAACUCUGCCUAUUGAGAGGAGAGAUGUCACGCGUUCUUGGCCAACAACCAGCAAACCGAAACCAAACAAUAUACUUAAAUAUUUCAUAGCCAAUAAGUGACAGAGCUAUGUGACUUAGUAUUGAAUAUCAUUGCUCUUAUAUAUGCGCUUGAAUUGAACAUUAAAUGCCAGCACCAUGGAUGGAUAUGAUCUUUAAUUUUCAGUUUUUUUUUUAAUGCUAAAUUUUAAAAUAUAUAAAACGAGAAAAUAGUGUUACAUGAUAUAAAACUCUUACACAGAAGUUUUCUGUUCUAAGCAACUUGAAGAUACUCGCAAUGUUCACAAAUUUUUGCAGAAGAUUUAAUAUUUUAUUU